CUCACAGAUAUUCGCCUUACGAUCCAAGAACUUCCUCGUAAAUAUGCAUCUCUCUUAUCUGUCCAUCGUCUCUAGCCUUUUGGCUCUUGCUACAAGCAGCCCAAUAGUGCCAGUGGCGAAUAAGGACGAGGCGCAGGUAGAGAAGAGGCAGUACGGAACUGGAGGGUACGGCGGGUAUUACCCAGGCGUAGCCGAUGACGAACGGGUUGAGAAGGAGAAGAGGCAGUACGGAACUGGAGGCUACGGCGGGUAUUACCCAGGCGUCGCCGAUGACGAACGGGUUGAGAAGGAGAAGAGGCAGUACGGAACUGGAGGCUACGGCGGGUAUUACCCAGGCGUCGCCGAUGACGAACGGGUUGAGAAGGAAUAGAAGUACCAAAGUUCAGGCUUCUCCAAGUACAUUCCACAGGAUGUCGAGGAGAUUCAGGUGGACGAGAGGCAAUGCAGUCCGGCGGUCAGAUACGCCAUCGUCGGGCGAGGUAUACCAUGUGGUACAAUGUCGUAACGAUUCCUUGGCCUUGCAGUAUUGAAUGUAAGAAUGGUCAGUCGGAGUUUCGAUGCAGCGCGUGUGUGUAUCUAACGAUUGCGAAAAUUUCACUUUCUACUCCGAG